CCGCUCCCUCCAGCGUGCGGAUCCGGACCCGGGGAGCUCGCAGCCCGCGUGGGUCUCGAGUAACCGCGCCUCCCGCCCCCUCGCCGCCGCCCUAUAUGUUGCCUGCCGCAGUCGCCGGGCCAUGGACCGCGCGCGCCGUGCCCCACGAUGAAGCUGGCUGAGCGCUUCCUGCUGGACGCGCUCGCCUACCUGUUGUGCGCCGCGGCCUGCCUGUGCUUCGUGGUGUUGAAGCUGGUGAGCUCUCCUUAUGGGCGCCACUUGUCCCCGCGCUCCGGCUUUCGUCUGCCGGCGCGGGCCGCCUGGGCUGUGCAAGAGCUGCCCUCGCUGGCCGUGCCGCUCUUCGUGUGCGCCGGGGCGGCAGCCGAUCGCCUCCAACGCUGGCCCAACAGCAUUCUCCUGGCCAUGUUCCUCGUCCACUACGUGCAACGGUGCUUGAUUUUCCCAUUUCUGAUCCGAGGAGGAAAGCCGAUGCCGUUGCACUUGUGUGUGUUGGCAUUCAUGUUCUGUACCUAUAACGGCUACUUGCAAAGCAGAUACUUGAGCCAGUAUGCGGUGUACACUGAUGACUGGGUCACUGACCCCCGAUUCCUGACAGGUUUUGUCCUGUGGUUAAUAGGCAUGCUGAUAAACAUCCAUUCAGAUCAUAUCCUAAGAAAUCUCAGGAAACCAGGGGAGACCGAGUACAAAAUACCCAGGGGAGGCUUAUUUGAGUACAUAAGUGCAGCCAACUACUUUGGAGAAGUGGUGGAAUGGUGUGGCUACGCCCUGGCCAGCUGGUCUAUCCAGGGUGGGGCCUUUGCUCUGUUCUCAUUCUGCUUUUUAUUCACCAGAGCACAGCAUCAUCACCAGUGGUACCUUGAGAAAUUUGAAGAUUAUCCGAAGUUCAGGAAAAGUAUAAUUCCAUUUUUGGUCUGAGUCCAUUGUCAAUGGAGUUAUCUUCAACUUGAAGCUUUUUGACAAUGUUUCCUUGGGGAUCAUAUAAAUGAAUUGUUUCUCUCUCAUUUUCUUUCUACUUCGUCUUUUCUAAGAUGAAGAUUUCUAAGAUUUGCUCUAGGAAUUUUUUUCUAGAAAAUUUGUAAGCUACCUGAUAAGAAACUACUGAAGCAGAAAUGCAGGUUGAAGUAAGACACUGCACAUCAGGUCAGGAAGCAGGGACUCUGGGUAAUGACUGCUGACUGUUUCUCUGAUUUUGGAUUUACCUCUUGGGGCUAUGCACAGUUAAAUGUGCACAAGUCCAGAAUUUACAAGCCAUCUUUGAUGGCCUGUAUGGACCAAACAUUUCUCUCCUCCUACAACUCCGUGCAACACUUGGCUCAAGGUCAAAGGCGAUGUUACCCCUCCCCUCCUCUGUCUUCAGAGGUUCUCUCUUCCCUCUCGUCCUGCUGAGUCAGAAAGGCUGUGGUACCCACAGGGUGGUCAUGGCCUCAGGGAAACUCAUGAGCUCUCACUGUUGGGCGCUGUGCAAAUGGAAAACUUGGGGAUAGAGAAGGGAGAUGUACGAGGCCCCGGUGAGGCCUAGACAGGGGCAUCCGGAACUUGCUCCAGCCUGGCUCACCAGGUAACUUCACUGGCAGGGCCCAGCGCUGGGAGUGUUCAUAAGGAGCAGCCUUCUUUGUCUCCCAUGAAAGGGACUUCUUGGAGACCCGCAGGUCGGAGCACGAUAGUGCAGCAGGGCAGCCCCCCCCAUCUCUGGUCCUUUGCCAUGAGCCAUCACUAGUCUCUUCUAUAAGAUGAUUUUUCUUGUUCCUUCCAGGUAGAACUAGAAUUUUUUAAGGCUUUUUUUAAAGUACCCCUCAAUAUUGCAAAACGAUAUCUUGACCAAGAAUUUCUUACUUAGAUGCACUCAAAAGGUCCAUGCAGAUAAAUGAUAGUGAUACAGUUUACUACUUAUUGCCAGAUAUUUAAAAGAAAUCUCUAAUGAGAAGGCUGUGGAAUCUCUUGGCCCCUCUGGGAAAAUCUAAUGAGCACAUGGUAAAGAUGCCCUCCUCUACUAGGACAGCACUGCCUUGUUGCUGUCACCUUUCCAGAGGUGGAAACGAAAGAGAACUGGAGAUAAGAGAAUUUGCGUUCACUCAUGAUCCACUAAUGGUGCUAGGGGGCCUGAGGUCACGUCCUGUCGUUUUGCUGCCUGCUGACUUUGGGGAGGGAGCAGGCCCUCCUGCACCCCAGCUCCCUAGGCCCCUGGGCACCCCAUACUCCAUUGACUCCCUCCACUCUUCUCCUGGCUCGCCUUCCCAAGCAGGGGCUCCCUUCCUCACGAGAAACUGUAUUGUGGAGGUUCGUAGUUUUUAGAAUCUCUUAGGUUUAGAUUACUCAGAAAAUUUUUCCUGAUGUGGCUAUGCUUCAAUUUAACUAAAAACAAUGUUUUUGCAGGAAAUUUUCUCCUUUUCUGGCCAACUAAUUACUUGAAAACGUAAAGCAAUAAAUAUUUCGGAUCUCCUCAAAAAAGCUCAAACUUCUGAGUCUGUCCUGAUUGAGUUGGGUCCACAUGUUCUGGAAGGUGUCCCUGGCCAGAAGGAUGUCCAUCUGAGAGCUAGAGGAGCUCACUGUGAAUUUUCCCUCUGUUACUGCUUCCUUUUUAUUUUAAUGACCCGUAUGUACAGACGUUUACCUUAACUCAAGAUCUGCUGCAUAGUUUCUACUUUCCUGGCACGCACUGGAUGAAUGAUUAACAUAGGAAUAAAUCUUGAUCUGUCUGGUCUCACUGCCCUCCAUUUCCUAAAGACUGUAAUUUAGUAAAUUAUGUCAUUGUAUUAAUUGUAAUUAAGGAGAUUAAUAAAAUUACUGUUAAAAGUCCA